CCGCACGUUGGCAAACAAGCAUGGCGGACGAUUCGGAGAAAAGUGUCGAGAUAAAAACAGAUGAAGCAAAGGAUGAAGCACUCGAAGAUUCGAGUUAGUGAUGAUGAUAACAGUAACGUUAAUGUCGCUGAAAAUGACGAGCCAGUGAAGACCUUCAAGGAUCUGGUGAGUAGCUAGCUAAAUGGAAAGGAUAGGUUAGCUUGCCAGCUUGGAAGCGAACUAGCUAGCUAACGUUAGUUAACAGCACCUCAACAAAUAAACCUACCACUGAUAAGUUAGCAAGUUAACUGUCUUUCAACCACCAACAUACGUUUAAGGAGGUAGCAACCAACAGUCGUUACAUGUAGAUAGCUAGGUACAGCUGUGGGAUGAUGUGAUGUCAUUGACAGGCAUGUAAAAUACAUUUAAAAAUGGGGCGCGCAUUUAGCCAUGCAAUUUGUGGAACGUUAGAUGUAUUACAUGCACUCCAUUGUCUAACGCGUUUACAUAUUUCUACUAUGGCAUGCAUCUGUUAAUAUAGGGUGUAACUGAAGUGCUGUGUGAAGCCUGUGAACAGUUGGGAUGGAAGACUCCUACAAAGAUCCAGGUAGAGGCCAUACCUGUAGCCUUACAAGGUGAGUUCAGUUGGAUGGAGGGGGUGAAUGACCUUGUUUGUGCCAUAUAUAAAACAGUUGGUAAAGACCUGUCCUCUAGGUGUAAGGUCCCAUGUCAGUUUGUACACUCAACAUGCACUUUCUUCUCUCCUAUCUCAGGAAAGGAUGUAAUUGGCUUGGCAGAGACUGGCUCAGGGAAGACAGGGGCGUUUGCGCUGCCCAUCCUGCAGUCACUCCUCGCUUCCGCUCAGAGGCUCCACACACUCAUACUCACCCCCACCAGAGAGCUGGCUUUCCAGAUCGCAGAGCAGUUUGAGGCCCUGGGCUCCAGCAUCGGAGUCAAGUGUGGUACGUGGGCAUGGGAAGGACCAUCCGGGAUGUCAUGAGGGUAGAAACAUAUUUGAAGGAACUCAAGUGCCGUGUGACUUUGUUAUAUUAACUCACUUGUCUUUGUUUCUGUUUCAGCUGUUAUAGUUGGAGGAAUUGACAUGAUGUCCCAAUCCCUAGUCCUGGCCAAGAAACCUCACAUUGUCAUUGGUGAGAAAAUAACUUAAUCCAACCUACCACUUUCAGUUGCAUAAUACGAUACCAUCUUUUAAGUGCAUUCCUGGUUGAUACUAACUAAUGUGUAUUCACCGUGUAUGUCAUAACAGCCACCCCCGGGCGGUUGAUAGACCACUUAGAGAACACCAAAGGCUUCUCACUGCGAGCACUGAAGUUCCUGGUGAUGGACGAGGCAGACCGGAUUCUCAACAUGGACUUUGAGACUGAGGUGGACAAGAUCCUGAAGGUUAUUCCCAGAGACAGACGCACGUUUCUCUUCUCUGCCACCAUGACCAAAAAGGUACCCACAUAAUACUGCCUAUUAUAUAUUCCUUUUAGCUCUUCAUUUGAGACGUGUUAGAGUAUUCCUAACACCUGGCCUGUCACACUAACCCUUCUAUGUCUUUGCCAAGGUUGCAAAGCUGCAGAGAGCAGCGCUGAAGGAUCCAGUUAAAUGUGCCGUUAACACCAAAUACUCAACAGUAGAAAAACUGCAGCAGUACUACAUCUUCAUACCCUCCAAAUACAAGGUACUUGACAUUGGAUUAAUGUUCUAAUGGUAUCAAGGUAAUUUUUCUAUGAGAAGUCAGAAGCUGUGUAUGGUUAGUGUUGGAUUGUAAGUCAACUGUCUGUGUCUCCAGGAUUGUUACCUGGUGUCCAUUAUCAAUGAGCUGGCGGGGAACUCCUUCAUGAUCUUCUGCAGUACGUGUAACAAUGCCCAGCGGGUGGCGCUGCUGCUCAGGAACCUGGGCAUCACUGCCAUCCCCCUACAUGGGCAGAUGAGUCAGGUACCCCCCCUUAUCCAAACACACUACUGUCUACCAACAUACUCACUCCAAAUAUCAUACUCUAACUCUGGUGUGAGCUACACACUUUCAAAUGUUAUACACAUCAGUGAAAUCUGCAUGUAUGAAAGUAGAAAUAAUAAAUGUAUUUCUCUCUUGGUCAGAACAAACGUCUGGGGUCGCUGAACAAGUUCAAGUCUAAGUCUCGCUCGGUGUUGCUGGCGACUGACGUGGCGUCAAGAGGACUGGACAUUCCACAUGUAGACUGUGUUAUUAACUACGAUAUCCCAACUCACUCAAAGGUAUCAGUCUUGCUUGUGUGGAUGUUUCUCCCAUGGUCUGUUGCAGUCUCUCUCUCCAAUGUUAUCACAAAUGAGGGACCCAACCGAGCAAGUUUAGUGGUGUUUUAUCGUGUUUGUGUGUGUGUACUCUCAGGACUACAUCCACAGAGUGGGGCGAACCGCCCGAGCAGGACGGUCUGGAAAAUCCAUCACAUUUGUCACACAGUAAGGGCCACCUUUAUGCUCGCACUCAACCAAUCUUAUUGAAAUUGGUUACUUCAUCCAAAGAUUUUCUUCUGAUUGACAUAUUGACCUCUCAGGUAUGAUGUGGAGCUGUUCCAGCGAAUCGAAACUCUGAUUGGCAAGAAGCUGCCUGCCUUCCCCACGCAGGAGGAGGAAGUGAUGAUGCUGGUGGAGAGAGUGAGCGAGGCACAGCGAUUCGCCAGAAUUGUGAGUCUGUCUUUUCAGCAGUGUUGUCAUCCAUUGUAAUAGCUCUAAAGUCAGUCACAAUCAUCUCUUUCCCUCUCAGGAAAUGAAGGAACAAGGAGAGAAGAGGAAGAGGCCCAGAGGAGAAGAGGGGGAUGACACCGAGCAGUCCAGCGGUGUGAGGAAGAAAGUAAGAGGAGGCGCUGGUAGUGGUGGUGGGGGAGGGAGAGGAGGUGGAGGAGGAAAAAACCGUGGCGGAGCAGCAUGGAGGGGAGGACAUUAAAGGUGCCAGUAGAAUAACACAAUACUGUACAUAUUGUCAGAUACUAUGUCAUUUUCUCCUUGAUAUAAAACAUCUAUGAUUAUUAACGUAUGCUGCUUUCUUUACAACCACCACAUCAUGGAGACAGGCUGUUUAAUUAUAUGACUUGUUCAAUUUCUUAAUCAAUUUGUAAUAAAAUGUUUAUGAAAAAUCAAGA